GGGGCGGUAUGAGCUUAAGGCCGGUCUGAAAGUCAGGCUACUACCAACGAAGAAGAAAAGAAGCGGCGCGCUCAGCGGAUGAAUUUGAAUCCUGGAGGAGUGCUAGUCGCUGCCCACUAUGGCUCAAGGUCAUAAAUUUCAAGACUUGGAGGAGACUGGGGAGGCUUUGGUGGGAUUCAUCAACAGCAGUCAGCCUGACAAACUGAAAGGACUGAAAGAUGAGCAUCAGGCUCUUUUUGAUCAACACACAGAAACAGCGAAGAUUGUCACACAGAUUUUAAAAGAUUUGGCUCAGAUUGAAGAGAAUGCAGGUCAGAGGCUGUUGGACAUGGAACAGGAGAAGAUGCGAAGGGAGAAGGAGCUGGAGAGCUUGGAGGAGCAGCUGAGGCAGUGCACAGCGAAGAGCCAGAUCACUGACUCAGAAUUACAGUUUCUUCAAAAAGAGUUGGAAAGUCUGAGAAACGCUGAAAAUGAGCUCGAGAUUCUUCAGAGUGAAGUCGAAGAAGACACCACCGAGGUCAUCCCUUCAGCAGUAUACGUGGCUCAGGUCUACUACCUAAUAACCAAGAUCAAGUGGGAAUAUGACACCCCGGCGAACAUUUUAAAAGGAGUGCACUAUGGUGCAGACCUGGCAACCCCCAUCAACAUCGACACCACCUCGCGCUCUCGCAUUGAUGUAAGCGACCAGCUUUGGGGCUUCGUCAGCACCGAGUGGUAGCCGAAGGACGGAUGUGAAGUAGUCAGAGGUGUUGAGUGUGUUAUUUUUGUUUGUCUGUGGAAGUGCGUGUUCUGUUCUCGUGUUUUUAAAAAUUAAAAUUGUCACACCCUUG